CGACCAUUUCACGGCACAGAGCAAAUGUAAAGGAAGAAAGGAUUGCAUGAUGAAUAAAGAAGAAGAAAUGUUCCAAAAUAAAAUGGCGACCGUGUUUUCAUACGAAGAUUUGCGAAAGCAAGCGAGGCAACUUGAAAAUGAAAUCGACUUGAAACUGGUGGCUUUCAGUAAAUUAGGGGCAGGAAUAAAUACACCACUUAGCAAUAAUGAUGAUACUGUACCAUUACUCUCAGAGGAAGACACCUUCGAAACGAUGUCAUUGGAAAUUGAACAAUUACUCAAUAAGCUGAUACUUGUAAAUGAGAGAUUGUCAGAGCAACCGGUAUCAGGUGCAGCGAUGCUUCAUACUAUUCAGAGGCAUAAGGAUAUUCUUGCAGAUUUAUCCCGCGAAUACCGUAAAACUAAUUUAUUGAGAGAAAGCAGAAGGCAUAGGGAAGAUUUGCUCAGAGGUUCAGAGACAUUCAGAACUGAUGGAGUUAAUAAUAGGCGAGAUAUGUAUCUGAAGGAAAACCAACAUAUUCAUAAGUAAGUUGACAAGUUCUUAUAAAAUUA